AUAACCUCAACCAUUCGUACACACAACAGCAUUGUUGACAAAACCGAAAACAGUGAUUUUUUUUGUACCAAGAUACGUUUAGAUCAAUCGCAUUUUCAUUUCUGAAAAAUAUUUUUAAAAAAUGCCACCACCAAAAGCAAAACUCCACAAAAACACGGGACGUCUGAAAAACAUAAAUAAUUCAUAUGUUAGCAGUCCGUCGAGUGGAAAUCGUAACAAUCAAGUGGCUGUAAACAUUCAAAGUACACCAAACAUUCAGGCUCAUAAUGAGGCACCUGCCAGUGCUAGCAAUUCAGGAGACUCACCAGCUAUUGAACAAUUUGAAUUGGAACUCUACUGGUGCAUACAAACGCUUGAGAAUUCGCUGAGCUCGGGGAAAUUGAAUGCCAAACAAGCUCAAGAUGCGGAAAAGACGUUAAAAUCGUUAAAAAGCAACAGCCAGCCGAUGGUGAAAAAGCGACAGCUAAUGCAAUUGGCUUUCGGUGAUUAUCGUCGUAAAAUGGCUGACGAAGAAAAGAAAUUACGGGUAGGCAAUACAUCCAUUGAAUUCGUUGGUGGUGCCACGAAGGAGCAGAGAACAGCGACGAAUAAGGGUCAUUUUGUGAAGAAAUCCUUCACAUCCACAUUGGGUAGCAACACCAAUUUUCAAUUUAACUUUCCGAUUGACGCAAUGGAAAAGCUUUCAAUCGAAAAGCAAACUGAAACAAACGAUGCCAAUUUGGUCGAUUCGGCGAAACGUAGCAGUGAUGACGACAAGGCUGAAGCUAAAAUUUGCACACCAAAUGGAAACAAUGAGAUUCAAAGUGGCAGUAAAACGUAUCCAGAAGCGGCACCAGUAACGAAGACGACGGCAACCACAACGGUGGCGACGACGACGACCGCGCAACAACAUUCAAAUCCAUUCAUCAAAUCGAAAUUUAUCACCUCGGAUAAUUCAUUUAGAUUCAACUUUGCGGUCAAUUCUGAUUGAGUAAUAUGUUCAACACGAGAAAAAAGUAGCGCAAAGCUAGGAAAAAAAGCGAAUGAAAGAAAAAAAAACAAAUUACAAGCUGAAUUAAAUAAGUCAAUGGAAAAUGA